AUGUCUUAUAAUAAUUUAGGUCAAAGUUAUGGCAAUUUUAAAUUAAUUGCUUUCGAAAAAGUUAAUGGAAUUAUUAAUGUUUCUAAAUUUAGGUCUAAUAAAACCGGGUUGACCGUUGUUGUUGCUCAAGUCGAAGGCCCAGUUGUCAAUGGAUAUUUUGCAUUAGCUACUGAAGCAUUAGAUGAUGAUGGCUUGCCCCACACUUUAGAGCAUAUGAUAUUUCUCGGAAGUGAAGAUUAUCCUUAUAAAGGUGUAUUAGAUUUGCUUGCGAAUAGAAUGCUUGCUCCUGGUUCUAAUGCUUGGACUGAUAUAGAUCACACAUGUUAUACUGUUACAACUGCAGGAAGUGAAGGAUUUUUGUCUUUGAUGCCAAUUUAUAUAGAUCACAUUUUAUAUCCAGUCUUAAAUGACUCAGCUUUCAUAACAGAAGUUCAUCAUAUUAAUGGAGAAGGAAAAGAUGCUGGUGUAGUUUACUGUGAAGAAGAAGGAAUGGAAAACAGUGGCGAACAUAGAGUUUUUUUAGAAUUAUUAAGGAAAUUGUACCCAGGAGAAUGUGGAUACAAGUCAAAUGUUGGUGGAAGUUUAAAAAAUUUAAGAGAAAGCACAGAUAAUAUAAAAAUUCAUAAUUUUCACAGACAGUUUUAUAGACCGGAAAAUUUAACUUUAAUCAUUACUGGUCAAAUUGAUGAAAAAAAUUUAUUUGACUCCCUUGAACCAGUAGAAAACAAAAUUAUAUCAAAAGGAACAUUAGCACCAUUUCAAAGACCAUGGCAAAACCCAAUUCCUCCUUUCUCUAAAUCUGUUGAUUCCUUAAUUCUUUAUCCUAAUGAUUUAGAAGAUAACGGGAUUGUUAAUAUAGGAUGGAGAGGUCCUUCUGCUGUUCAUUUGUAUUAUGAAAUGUCUGCUUGUUCAACAUUACUUCGAUAUUUGACUGACACUUCAAUCAGUUGGCUUCAAAAAGAAUUUGUCGAAAUUGAUGAUCCCUUUGCUAGUACGGUUACAUUUUCCCUACAAGAGAAUUCAAUACCAGUAUUUUAUAUGAUUUUUGAAAAUGUUCCUUUAAAUAAAUUAGAAUUAAUACGUCCGAAAUUAGAAAAAAGUCUUUUAAACUUUUAUGAAAGUGAUGAUUCACUUAGUUUGCCUAGAUUAAAAUCAUUAAUAGAAAAACAAAAGGCGGAAACUUUAACUUCCUUAGAAAACCAGCCUCAUGAUUCCAUUGCUUUUAUGAUUAUUGGCGAUAUGCUGCACGGAAAUACCACAGAAGACCUGAAAAGAAGAUUAAAUGCAAAAGAUUUGCUCAAUAGAAUGCUUAUCGAACCAAAAGAUUUCUGGAAAAGACUUUUGAAAAAAUAUUUUAUUGAUUCGCCCAAAGUAACCGUAAUGGGAAAAGCUAGCAAAAAGGAACAGGAAGAACUAACAAGAAUGGAAAACGAAAGAAUUGCUAAGCAAAUUGAAGCUCUCGGUCCUGAAGGACUUGGAGUUAAACACAAGAUUUUAACCGAAGCUAUAAAAAUAAAUGAAAUCCAACCUCCAGUAGAAGUACUUACAAAAUUACCUAUUCCAGACACAAAUAAAAUUAGCUUCCAUUCUAUAAAAAGCUACACUUCGGAUUUUAAAGAUAAUGAAAAAAUUAAUUUUUCCAAAGCUCCUGUUUAUAUGUAUAUUGACGAUCUUAAAACAAAUUUCGUUUAUAUGCUUGUUAUUAUGAAUACAAAAUCUCUUUCUUUAGAAUUGCGGCCUUAUCUACCUCUAUUUUUAGAACUCAUUCUGGAAUCUCCAGUACAAAGAGAUGACUCGAUAAUAAAACACGAGCAAGUUGUAGAAGAACUAGAAGCAGAAACAAUAUCAGUUUCUACUAAAAUCGGUAUAGAAGCCAUGUCCAGAAGAUUUUCUUGCGGUUCCUAUUGCCAUUCUGCAAAUUUAGCUUUACAAGUAGAACCUUCAAAAUACCAAGAAGGUAUUAAAUGGCUCAGAGAAUUGUUAUACAGCACGGUAUUUACAAAAGAAAGGCUUCAAAUAGUCGCGACUAAAAUAAUCAAUGAUGUACCUCAGUGGAAAAGAAAAGGAAGCAAAAUAGUUUAUGAUUUAAUGAAAGCAAUGCGUUAUAACGAAGGUAGUAACCAUUAUUGGAAUAGUUUACUUCGACAACAAAAAUUCUUAACCGAUAUCGUCGAAAAACUUAAAUCACCUGCGGAAGCGGAAGUAAUUUUUAGGGAACUUGACGCCGUGAGAAUGCUUUUAACUGCUCCCGGAAAUAUGGCCGUUUAUAUGGCUGCCAACUUGGAUAAUCUGGCCACACUUUAUCCGGACAUUAUUGAACCUUGGUCGAAACUUUUACCAAAGAGCAUCGAGCCUGUCAAAAUGAAAUAUUCUGUAGUCAGUGAUUAUUUAUAUACAAACAACAAUGAAAAUUCAAAUAUUCAAAAUUGUAUAGUAGGUUUAGGCUGCAUUGAUUCUGCUUUUUUAUGUCAAACUGUCAAGGGAAUCACCGAUUAUAAUGAUCCCGACUUGCCAGCCUUAUUAGUAUUCAUACAAUAUUUAACUCAAGUGGAGGGUCCUCUUUGGCGACAAAUUCGAGGUCAAGGAUUGUCUUACAGUUACAAUAUUAGUUUUAAACCAAACGAAGGACUUCUUUAUUUGACGUUUUAUCGUUCCACCCAUAUUUUUGCCACAUACAAUGAAACUAAAAAAAUAUUGGAAAGUUACUUUGACGAAUCUUGUAAACUCGAAGGGACGCUAAUAGAUUCAGCUAAAAGCUCGCUCAUAUUUGAAAUAAUCGAAGCUGAAAAAAACAUCGGGGAUGUAGUUUUAGAAUCAAUAUUAUCCUAUUUCAAAAAUGUCGAUCAUAAUUACAAUAAAAAUUUAGUUGCUAAAGUAUUCAAAGUAACGUCGGAUGAAAUGUUGAAAGUUGGAAAAAAAUACGUUUCGCCAUUAUUCGAUACGAAGAAUGAGGAGAGUAAAAUGAGCAUUGUAUGUCAUCCAUCGAAAAUAUCAGGAAUCGUUGAAAAAUUUCAACAAUUAAACGUCAAAUUAACUGUUUACAAAAAUCUGGAAGAAACUUUUUUAAGUAAUUGA